UGAUUUUAGUUCUCGCCUGACGCGCUCGUGAAACGGUUGUUUGGUGGCUCUAGCAAAAUAAAUUUGCAAUUAUAUUGUGUGCCAAGUGAGCUAGUUGUCAUUGUUAUUAAACGGCACCGGUUUCAUUCGAAAAUAAUACAAAAGACAAAAAAAAAAAAAACAAAAAUAAUAAGCCAGCGAAAAUAUUGUUUAUUAAAGAGAAACAUUUCCUGAUAACAAAGUCACAAACAUGUCUGCCAAAGCCAUUUCCGAAGCCACUGGCAAAGAUAUAUUGAAUCGAUUUUUGAAUGUGAAUGGUGCAUCCGGUGCAGCACAAUGUCGUUUUGCAACAGUCAAUACUGGAACGGAUUGGGCACAAUUGACCGCACAAAAUCCUUGGCUGUUGGAUACGCCACUAGUUGUGAAACCGGAUCAAUUGAUUAAGCGCCGUGGCAAAUUGGGUUUAAUCGGUGUAAAGAAAAACUACGAGCAAGUUAAGGAAUGGAUUGGCGAACGUAUUAACAAAGAUCAGAAAAUUGGUAAUGCUGUGGGCAAAUUGCGUAACUUCAUAAUUGAACCAUUUGUGCCGCAUGAUGAGUCCGAAGAGAUGUAUGUCUGCAUCUAUUCGCAUCGCAGUGCCGACACUAUACUCUUCUACCAUCAAGGUGGUGUUGAUAUCGGCGAUGUGGACGCAAAAGCCUUGAAGUUGGAUGUGUUGGUGAACAAUGAAACGUCCGUUGAGGAAAUUACCGCAAAAUUGUUGGUGCAUGUCGCUGAUGCGGCCACCAAACAGCGUAUCGCUAAUUUCAUAUAUGCUCUGUACAAAGCUUAUGUUGAUCUUUACUUCACCUAUUUGGAAAUCAAUCCUUUGGUUGUGACUAAAAACAGUAUGUACAUUUUGGAUUUGGCUGCCAAAUUGGAUUCAACGGCCGAUUUCAUAUGCCGUCCAAAGUGGGGUGAUGUUGAUUAUCCACCACCAUUUGGACGUGAUGCUUAUCCCGAAGAGGCGUACAUAGCCGAUUUGGAUGCCAAGAGUGGCGCUUCAUUGAAGCUGACAAUAUUGAAUCGUAAUGGUCGCAUUUGGACUAUGGUAGCCGGUGGUGGCGCCAGUGUCAUUUACUCGGAUACAAUUUGUGAUUUGGGCGGCGCUUCCGAAUUGGCCAACUAUGGUGAAUACAGUGGUGCACCAUCAGAGCAGCAAACGUACGAAUAUGCCAAGACAAUUUUGACACUGAUGACAUCGUCACCAAAACAUCCCGACGGCAAAGUGCUUAUCACUGGUGGUGGCAUUGCCAAUUUUACAAAUGUUGCUGCAACCUUCCGUGGUAUAAUAACGGCCCUGCGAGAAUUCCAACCCAAACUGGUCGAACACAAUGUGUCGAUAUUCGUGCGUCGUGCCGGCCCCAAUUAUCAAGAAGGUUUGCGCAAGAUGCGCGAAUUCGGCUCCUCACUUGGCAUUCCAUUGCAUGUGUUUGGACCAGAGACACAUAUGACGGCGAUUUGUGGCAUGGCGUUGGGUAAACGACCCAUUCCACAAACCGCCACAGCGGAAUUCUCCACGGCCAAUUUUCUACUGCCCGGCGGUCAGCAAGCACAAUCUGAGUUGAAGGCGUCAGAGAGCGCGGUGAGCAAUAAUGGCGGUAUAGGUUCAUCACCACAAUCGAUUAAACUACCACCUAUUUCGGCAGAUGACUCUUUUGCAAAUGACACUGUGCCCAACAAUGCCGCAAAUGCGCAUGCGCGUAGUUUUUUCAGCAACAAAACGAAAGCCAUCGUCUGGGGCAUGCAGCAACGUGCUGUACAAUCGAUGCUCGACUUCGAUUUCAUUUGCAGACGUGAUGAACCGUCCGUUGUCGCUAUGGUAUAUCCCUUCACAGGUGAUCACAAGCAAAAGUACUAUUGGGGUCACAAAGAGAUCCUGAUUCCAGUUUAUAAGAAAAUGUCCGAUGCCGUUAAGAAUCACAAAGAUGUUGAUGUAAUGGUGAAUUUCGCUUCAUUGCGUUCAGCUUACGAAUCCACAUUGGAGGUGUUGGAUUUCCCACAGAUUCGUACCGUAGCCAUCAUUGCUGAGGGUAUACCAGAAAAUAUGACACGUAAACUAAUUGUGGCCGCUGAUAAGAAAGGCGUUUCCAUUAUUGGACCUGCCACUGUGGGUGGUGUGAAACCGGGCUGUUUCAAAAUCGGUAACACCGGUGGCAUGUUGGACAACAUUUUGCACUCGAAACUCUAUCGUCCCGGCAGUGUGGCAUAUGUGUCUCGUUCCGGCGGUAUGUCGAACGAAUUGAACAAUAUUGUCUCAAAGGCUACCGAUGGUGUGCUCGAAGGCAUUGCAAUUGGUGGCGAUCGCUACCCAGGCUCCACAUUCAUGGAUCACAUUUUACGCUAUCAGGCUGAUCCAGAGGCUAAGCUGAUUGUGUUGUUGGGUGAGGUGGGCGGCACCGAGGAAUAUGAGGUGUGCGCUGCGCUCAAGGACGGACGCAUAAAUAAACCUUUGGUUGCCUGGUGCAUAGGCACUUGCGCUAGUAUGUUCACUUCUGAGGUACAAUUCGGUCAUGCAGGUUCAUGUGCCAACUCAGAUCGCGAAACAGCAUCUGCUAAGAACAAGGCAUUGCGUGAGGCUGGUGCCUAUGUGCCCGACUCUUUCGACUCGUUGGGUGAUCUAAUUCAGCAAGUGUACGCCGAAUUGGUGAAAUCGGGACGCAUCGUGCCCAAAGAGGAAGUACCACCACCUACCGUGCCAAUGGACUACUCGUGGGCACGUGAAUUGGGUCUGAUUCGUAAGCCUGCCUCCUUUAUGACGUCCAUUUGUGAUGAACGUGGCCAAGAAUUGUUAUACGCUGGUAUGCCCAUUAGUGAAGUGCUCAACAAGGAUGUGGGUAUCGGCGGUGUUGUAUCGCUAUUGUGGUUCCAACGUUGUCUGCCACCAUACGUUUGCAAAUUCUUCGAAAUGUGCUUAAUGGUGACUGCUGAUCAUGGACCCGCAGUUUCGGGUGCGCACAACACUAUUGUCUGUGCACGUGCCGGCAAAGACUUGGUGUCGUCCGUAGUCAGUGGCUUGUUGACAAUUGGUGAUCGUUUCGGUGGUGCACUUGAUGGUUCUGCCCGUCAAUUCUCUGAGGCCUACGACUCCAAUUUACAUCCCAUGGACUUUGUCAAUCAAAUGCGCAAAGAUGGCAAACUUAUUAUGGGUAUUGGUCAUCGUGUGAAAUCGAUAAACAAUCCCGAUGUGCGUGUUAAAAUCAUUAAGGAAUUCGUUUUGGAGAAUUUCCCAGCUGCUCCUCUGCUGCGAUACGCACUUGAAGUGGAGAAAAUCACCACAAGCAAGAAGCCAAAUUUGAUUUUGAAUGUGGAUGGUGUUAUUGCUACCAGUUUUGUUGAUAUGUUGCGCAAUUGCGGCUCAUUCACGAGUGAGGAAGCGCAGGAGUACAUUAACAUCGGUGCGAUUAAUUCCCUAUUCGUGCUGGGUCGCAGUAUAGGCUUCAUCGGUCACUACAUGGACCAGAAGCGUCUGAAGCAGGGUCUAUACCGUCAUCCUUGGGAUGAUAUCUCUUAUGUUAUGCCCGAACAAUUCAAUUAAAUUCCUUAAGGGAUUACAGAAAUUAAUUGAAUGAUCUAUAACACAUAUUCAAAAACAAAAACCCUUUGUAAUUGCGAACUUACAUGAUAAUUAUGCUCACAUUAACAGAAAGCUUAAGUACCUUAAUAUGUAUCUAUAACCGCAUAUUUAGUACAAGUGUAUGUACAUACUUAAGAUUAUGUAUAUAUAUACUAUAUAUAUAAACAGAUGUGUGGUAGGAAUAUGCAUGCAAUUACGAAAUCAUUUAUGAACACACACAAACACACUCCAGUAAGUUUAACUUAAAGUUGUUAACAUUUAAUGAAGAUUAUUAGUAAAGCAAACAAAAAUUUACAAUCCAUAUUGAAACUGUUUUAGGUUUAGCAUUUUUUCAAGUGCAUUUUUUAUACGUUUUCUUCAUUAAUUUGUGACUUGAUGAUUUAAAAUACUUUCCACACCUUGUUAUUAACCCCCUUUUUUAUAAUUAAUAUACUUAUAAUUAGGAUCAUGAUAUGAAAAAUAAGUGGUAUAACACCAUGCAUAGUUGUGUGAAAUGUAAAAUUGUUUUGGAUCUUUUGGUAUCAUUAUUUCAGUUUGUACAAUAAUUUUAUAAAUUAAAGAUUAAAAUAUUAUUAAUAAAUAAAUAAAUGAUUUGCUUAGGUUAAAUAAAAGCAAUGAAAAUGACUUAUUGUAAACUAAUUAAAUAUGUUUAUUGAAUUGCUACACCCAAAGUGGUAUUUAUUGGCAGAUCUAAAGGGUGAUUUUUUAAGAGCUUGAUAACUUUUAAAAAAAAAAAACGCAUAAAAUUUGCAAAAUCUCAUCGGUUCUUUAUUUGAAACGUUAGAUUGGUUCAUGACAUUUACUUUUUGAAGAUAAUUUCAUUUAAAUGUUGACCGCGGCUGCGUCUUAGGUGGUCCAUUCGGAAAGUCCAAUUUUGGGCAACUUUUUCGAGCAUUUCGGCCGGAAUAGCCCGAAUUUCUUCGGAAAUGUUGUCUUCCAAAGCUGGAAUAGUUGCUGGCUUAUUUCUGUAGACUUUAGACUUGACGUAGCCCCACAAAAAAUAGUCUAAAGGCGUUAAAUCGCAUGAUCUUGGUGGCCAACUUACGGGUCCAUUUCUUGAGAUGAAUUGUUCUCCGAAGUUUUCCCUCAAAAUGGCCAUAGAAUCGCGAGCUGUGUGGCAUGUAGCGCCAUCUUGUUGAAACCACAUGUCAACCAAGUUCAGUUCUUCCAUUUUUGGCAACAAAAAGUUUGUUAGCAUCGAACGAUAGCGAUCGCCAUUCACCGUAACGUUGCGUCCAACAGCAUCUUUGAAAAAAUACGGUCCAAUGAUUCCACCAGCGUACAAACCACACCAAACAGUGCAUUUUUCGGGAUGCAUGGGCAGUUCUUGAACGGCUUCUGGUUGCUCUUCACCCCAAAUGCGGCAAUUUUGCUUAUUUACGUAGCCAUUCAACCAGAAAUGAGCCUCAUCGCUGAACAAAAUUUGUCGAUAAACACAUUUCGAACCGAACACUGAUUUUGGUAAUAAAAUUCAAUGAUUUGCAAGCGUUGCUCGUUAGUAAGUCUAUUCAUGAUGAAAUGUCAAAGCAUACUGAGCAUCUUUCUCUUUGACACCAUGUCUGAAAUCCCACGUGAUCUGUCAAAUACUAAUGCAUGAAAAUCCUAACCUCAAAAAAAUCACCCGUUACUAUUGUAUAUCAUAAUACAAGUUAUUCGAACUAUGUAUGUAUGUAUUGAAUGCACCAUGCACUUGUUAAUAUUAUGUAUUUUUGUAUGCUCAAUUAAAUGCUAUGAGGUCCAUUUAUGAAUAUUAGCAAAGGUUGCAAUGUAAAGUUCCGUUAAUUGGGGAUUUUAGACCGGUGCAAUUGCAGCAACAAUUUUGGGUAGACACGAGUUCUUUUGCACUGAAUUUAUGCACACAGUUUUUUGCUGAAUAAAAAAUUAUUGCUAAUUCGCAAAGCUAUUCAAAUCAAUGAAACACAAUAUUCGAAAAUAAAUAUUGAGGUUUAGGAGUAAAUAUACAUAAAUAAAUGUAUGCCAUGUAUGUAGAACAAAA